CGCUAACAGCGUAACUGUACGUCAGUUACGCGGGUUUGGAGCUCGCGCGUGGUCGACGCACGUACGUGGAGCUGGAACAGAAAUUAAGCGAACUGUCCAAGAAACACUGAAGAAAAACGUUUUCUUUCGUUUCGUUCACUCAAUUCUGACAACAGCCCCGCUUAAACACCGUCAUCAGGGACAGAGAGUCCCCGUCUCCUUACAUCCAGCUGCUGUUUGGUGGCCUGCGUUAUUCCACAGAACAGCAGCAGAUGAAAGAAGCAAUGCCUGAAAAACAUGUCUCACAAAGAAGAUAACGAGGAGAAGAGGCGCUGCCACCGCACUGAUUUGUAUGCCAGCAUCCCUCGAACAUGUCUGCCUAUUGUGUACCACCCAGACUACAACAUCACUUUUAUGGGCCUUGAAAAGCUUCAUCCGUUUGAUGCGGGAAAGUGGGGAAAAGUCAUCCGCUUCUUGAAAGAGGAGCAAUUUAUCAAUGAUGGGAACCUUGUGGAAGCUCGUGAAGCUGCUGAGGAGGAUCUGCUGAUCGUUCACACCAAACGCUACCUCAACAGAUUAAAGUGGUCUCUGGUGGUGGCAACCAUCACAGAAAUUCCACCUCUCCUGUUUCUGCCUAAUUUCCUGGUGCAGCGGAAGGUGCUAAGGCCUUUGCGGACCCAGACAGGGGGAACAAUAAUGGCAGGAAAACUUGCUGUUGAGCGAGGAUGGGCCAUAAACGUAGGAGGAGGCUUCCACCACUGCUCCAGCGACAGAGGAGGUGGAUUUUGUGCCUAUGCUGACAUCACUUUGGCCAUCAAGUUUCUGUUUGAGAGAGUCGAAGGCAUCUCCAGGGUGACCAUCAUCGAUCUGGAUGCUCAUCAGGGAAAUGGACACGAGCGUGACUUUCUGGACGACAGGCGAGUGUUCAUCAUGGAUAUGUACAAUCGCUACAUUUAUCCUGGAGACGAAUAUGCCAAAAGAGCAAUAAAAAGGAAGGUGGAGCUGGACUGGGGCACUGAAGACUCAGAGUACCUUCAGAAGGUUGAGCUCCACAUGGAGGGAACACUGAAUGAGGUCUUGCCUGAUAUCAUCGUUUAUAAUGCAGGGACAGACAUCUUGGAUGGGGACCCACUUGGGGGACUCUCAAUAUCACCACAGGGCAUUAUAAAGAGAGAUGAGCUCGUGUUCAGGGCUGCGAAGCGUCGGGGGAUCCCCGUACUCAUGAUGACAUCCGGAGGAUAUCAGAAGAAAACAGCCCGCAUAAUCGCAGACUCCAUCCUCAACCUGCACCGGCAAGGUCUAAUAGAAGGCAACGCGGCGGAAGGAGAGGGAUCGACACCGCUGACGACCCACAUGACGCCCACCUCUGGAUCGGCAGGGUCAACAUCCACAGCUGUCUGAGGAGCCUUGAUCCUGGAGCUAACACUAACAUACCUGACUUUAAAGCACUAAGUAACUUUAUAUUGUGCUGUGAUCGUGUGACAGCUGUUGUAACAUUCAACACUUGUCUAAACUCAGAUUAUGUAACAAGAAGUUGCACAUGUACACUUAAAUAUUCAUAAGCUUUGGUAACAUUUUCACAUUUGUUAUGCGCAGGUUGACACAUGCUCAAAGGGAAUAAUCAUUCAGAGGGAAAAAGCUGUCUUUAAACAACCGUGUUUUCACAGCUACGACUUUCAUAUGGCACAAAAGAGCUUUUUAAAUGUUUAAUCAGUAGGAGAGUUAUGGGUUUUAUGUGUAAUGUGUGAUCAGGUCAGCAUUUUGGCUAAAGGUAAUCUUUAAUCUCAGGAAAUGCAAAACUAAUAAUAGCAUAUGAAGCAUAUACUAUAUUAAGGCUUGAUGUACUUAAAUAAUAUACUUCCAAUGUAUGUGUAAAUAAUGUCUCAAGUUAUAAAUAUAAAACAUAUAUAAUAUAAAAACAAACAUAACCGCACAUGAAAGUGUAAUUAUCUUAAUCAGAAGUAAUCGUUGGGUGAAUUUUAACAUUGAAAGAAGAUCAAAUCUAUAUAUAUAAGUGACUAGUGUCUUAAUUGAGAUGAGUUUUGUGCUUUGAAUCCAAUCUAAUAUGUACAGUUAAUGUUUAAAGUUAUUACAGGUACUAAUUGUCCCUGUAAUUGAAAAGAUUUGAGACACUAAAACUUUUGACUGAGCACUUUAACUGCUUAAGAAACUCACGUCCCCCAACGUUUUAGACUCCUGAAAUUCAGUCUGCUUCUUCCAGCAUGUCUAGAUUUAAGUCUAAAACCCAGAGUGUUCAGUGAUUAAUGAGAAAGCCUGUACAGCAGGGUUUCCAGUGGCUUUCACUUUUGAUUGGUUGUUUAUAGUUAGACACAGAGCUUCCCUAAUGAUGUUUACACAUGCAGAAACUUUGUAAAGGGAGCCACAAAAACACUCAGAUCAAUAUGAUUAAUGCAGCAGCUGAAACAAAAUCACCGCUUCCAAACGAUACUAAAGACAUCGUCUGACACAGACUGAAUACAAGCUGUGUACUGGGGUGUAAUGAUCACUACGACAUUUUACUAUCAAUCUCUGCCUAAAACAUGCACGAACUGAGGUCACAGUGCAUCACAAGCCUUUCUGUGAAAUACUGGCAUUGUCCUUCUUUGCUAAUAUAAGCUGAUAUCAUAUGACAGGGCAUAGUGGUGGUCCCAUGUGAACCUACACUGCAAAAACCCACCUCCUUGAUACUAGAUAAAUACACUUAUUUUUGAUGAAGAUUUGCUUAAAACAAGUGAAAUUAUCUGCCAGUGGGGUAAGUGUUUUUUUCUUAUUAAGAUUUCUUGAAAUAAGAACAGAAUAUCUAGAUUUAAAUAAAGCUAAAAAAUAAGUCUUUUACACUUAUUCCAGGCAACAAAUCAGAACAUUGAAACUUAAAAUAAGCUUUAACCACUUAUUCUAGGGAACAAUUAGAUAGUUAAAUCUUAAAAUAAGCCUUACACACUUAUUUCAGGCAACCAAUCAUGGCAAUUGAAACCUAAAAUAAGCUUUAACCACUUAUUCUAAGCAAAAUGUUGAAGAAAAUGGGCAUAAAACACUUAUUCUAAGGAAAAAAUCAAUAAUCUAAAAACUAGUACAUUAAAUCAUUUUAAAUAAGUCUUCUCAUCAGAAAUUGAUGCUUCUUUCCUGCGUGACAAAAAAUAGGAGACAGAUGUUUGUUUGUUGUUUGUUUUUUAAGUUAAUUCCCAAUAAAACUGUUUUAUUGCUAACUACAUUGCUGCCUGUAUUAUUGUUGACGUCCUAAACGUCACCUUUAAAGUGUUUGUGCUAAUAACAUCAUGUACAGUCAGACUGGAGAGCAGCACUGAGAGGCUUUGAACAGAUCACAUAGUUCAAUUCAACAUAUAAUGCUUUAAGGAUGCACAAGCAUCUACUUAGAAUCUAUUUAAUUUAUCAUCUGUGAUAUUAUUAUGUACAAGUCCAAUGUAUUUUGUUCAUCUCCCUUAAAUAAACAGGCAGCCUUAAAGUAUGAAAUAUUCAUAUACAAAUACACAUAUAAAUGUGUGAACUAUCUCAGUGGCUGAUUGUGCCCCACAGGCCUCAGUGUGAGCUUGAAGACAUUUAUAAUGUUUAAGUAGUUUAAUGUGCAGGUGCUGACGAUAAACACAUUUUGAAUGAAAGCUGGGGAACUUUGGUAGCACAGAAACAAGUGGCUAUUCUUUGUGACCAUAUGGAUCACUCAUAUUACCAUUAUUUCAAAUACUCCAAAAAGCUGGGGUCCAGGGUAUAAUUGGCCGUUUUUGGCUACUUUUGAUUUGGCCUCUAUAUUUCACCUUUAAAAACUGUUUAUCUUGCCAAUCUGUUAUUUUCAGGUGAAUGAAAUACAGUUACACUUUCAAGCACUUUUAAGCACCACAUCUGAAAUUCAAGCACUUUUCAAACCUUGAAAAGACAACAUCAAAAUUCAAGGAUUUCAAGCACCCGUACGAACCCUGAAAUUUAGUGAAAUAAUCUGCCAGUGCAGUAAGAUAAUUACACUUGGUAAGAAUUCUCAAAAUAAGAAAAAUAAAGCCAAAUGAAAGCAGGCAAAGUAUACAACAUGUACACAGCAACAAAUAUUUCAGUCAAUCAUAGUACACAAAAAUUUAAAGACACAUUGUAAGUGUAACAUUGUUAUUUUGUGUUCCUUUUAGAACUGCUAAACCAGUUAGCUACUCAACAUAUAAAAUGUAAUAAAAAGAGCAUUUGCAAUUUUAAACAGAAUUUGCAGAACAGAUGUGUUUAAAGAAAGAAAGUACUUUGUAUUACAUUAAUAAGAAUUUAAAAAAAAAGAAUUCAAGUGUAAAUUGCAACUUCAAAGCUAUCAGGUCCAAACCAUCCAACACAGACCUAAUCUUGCUCAAACAGCUCUACGUUUCAAUAAAAAUUUCUACAGCCUGCCAUGACUUUUUUGUAUGAGCCUGUGGUCCUUGUCCUUUAACACUUCAGUCUGAAUGACAGACAGAAGCGUUGCCACACAUUUAGGAUAGGUGAGAUGAAGGGUGUAGUAGUAUGCCAUAAGAUACAGCAAACCUUCUCCAAGGUCAUCUGUGGCAAAUGUGGUGAUGGGAGUGGUUCCAACUGCAAUAAGACAACGGGACCCUUCUAAGAGCAGAACAGGGCUGACGCUGGAUCUUCUGCUGGCAAAAAGAAAAACAAAGAAAAUUUUACAAUGUACGGAGAAACUCCAAAGCUAUCAGGGUAGUUCAAAUACUUAACCACAAGUAUGUAUUAGACUUAGACUUCACUUUAUUGAUCCCUUUGGGGUGCACCCUUGGGGUGAUAUAUGAAUGAUGACAACCAUAGAUCAGAUGCGCUACAGACCAUAUUAAUGUUAUUUUUCUUUAGAUUGACAAAUACUGUAUAGAAAUUUCCUAAUAUUCAUGCCAUUGAAAAAUGUAAUAAAUUCUGCCUCAUCACCGUUAGGAUUAUGUCUUUACACACUUUAGGAAAUGACAAAGGUACUGCACCUGUGAUAGUUAAAUAUGUAAUUAUUUCCAUUUUGUUUUUAAUUUCUUUAUGAUUUUCUUUAUUAUUUUUAUUGAAAUUUUUGAUCUAUCAGUAUUCGUGCCAUUUCAGAUUUCUGCACACUUUUCCAAAUAUAAACUACAUUGUUGGAGGACUUGGCAUGGAUAAAAAGGCCAUAUACCAAAUAAACUGUUAAAGUGAAGGCUUUAGUGGCAUUAUUUGAUAACAAAUGUGAAGAAACCCAGACCUGAAGGACAUGAAUCAGUGCUUCACUGGCAUGUCCCAUCUUCUUGGGUGGUGCAGCUCAUGAUGGGAAGAGAGUUGGUAGUGCUCUGAACAGGGCUAUGUUUAAACAGAAGAGGAAAGAAAGAACUAAAUCAACUUUCAGUUGAAUAUUCAAUAUUAUAGCCAUAAUUGUAAUGUUUCACUUACAACUGUCGUCACCAGAACUGCUCCUUGGUGGCAAAAGCAUGUUUGAUCCACCACUUGAAUCUGCAUCAUAAUCUUCUCCCUGGUCGCAUGGUGAGAUAUCCAUGAGACGCCUUUUCUUUAGUUUCAUCCUAAA